AUGGCGGCGGACGGGCGGCGCGACGACGAGGAGCUGCCGGUGUACCUGGCGCGGCCCGGCUCGGCGGCGGCGCCUCGUCCGAAGCGCGGGGGGCUCUUCUGCAACGUCGAGGGCGCCUUCGAGAGCAAGACCCUCGACUUUGGGGCACUGCGCGUUGGGCAACGCCGCGCCCCGCCACCGACCGGCCCCGACCCUCCGCCCGGCGCGGCCCCCGGCCCCGGUCAGACCGCUGGCGACCUCCGCGCCACCUCCGGUGAAGAGCGGCUCCAGGACCCAGCCCCCGCGGAAGACAGGAGUGAUCGUCUCCUUAUUAAAGGAGGGCGAAUAGUCAAUGAUGACCAGUCAUUCUAUGCUGACAUUUACGUGGAGGAUGGCCUCAUAAAGCAGAUUGGAGACAACCUGAUUGUUCCUGGAGGGGUCAAAACCAUAGAAGCCAAUGGGAAGAUGGUGAUCCCCGGAGGAAUUGAUGUCCACACUCGCCUGCAGAUGCCAUACAAGGGAAUGACCUCUGUGGAUGAUUUCUUCCAAGGAACAAAAGCAGCUCUGGCUGGUGGAACCACCAUGAUUAUGGAUCACGUGGUGCCAGAGCCGGAGUCCAGCCUGGCCGAGGCGCUGGAGCGGUGGCGGGAGUGGGCUGAUGGCAAGGCCUGCUGCGACUACGCCCUGCACGUGGACAUCCCCCACUGGAGCGACCGCGUCCGGCAGGAGCUGCACACCAUGGUCCAGGAGAAAGGUGUUAACUCCUUCAUGGUGUAUAUGGCCUACAAGGAUUUGUACCAGAUGUCCAACACUGAGCUGUAUGAGAUUUUCAGCUGCCUAGCAGAGCUAGGUGCCAUAGCUCAAGUUCAUGCAGAAAACGGGGAUAUAAUUGCACAGGAACAAGCCAGGAUGUUGGAGAUGGGAAUAACAGGCCCUGAAGGCCACGUGCUGAGCAGACCUGAGGAGCUGGAAGCAGAAGCUGUCUUCCGGGCCAUCACUAUUGCCAGCCAGACCAACUGUCCUCUCUACGUGACUAAAGUGAUGAGCAGAAGUGCUGCUGACCUCAUCUCACAAGCCCGAAAGAAAGGCAUUGUGGUGUUUGGUGAGCCCAUCACGGCCAGUCUAGGGACUGAUGGAACACACUACUGGAGCAAGAACUGGGCAAAGGCUGCGGCAUUUGUGGUCUCUCCGCCACUGAGCCCAGAUCCAACCACUCCUGACUACCUUAACUCCCUCCUGGCCAGUGGUGAUCUGCAGGUGUCAGGAAGUGCCCACUGUACCUUCAGCACCGCGCAGAAAGCCAUUGGAAAAGACAACUUCACAGCAAUCCCAGAAGGAACCAAUGGCAUAGAGGAACGAAUGUCUGUCAUCUGGGACAAAGCAGUGGCCACUGGCAAGAUGGAUGAAAACCAGUUUGUGGCUGUGACAAGCACUAAUGCUGCCAAAAUCUUCAACCUGUAUCCACGAAAAGGGAGAAUAGCAGUGGGAUCCGACAGUGAUCUGGUUAUAUGGGAUCCUGAUGCAGUAAAAAUCAUCACAGCAAAAACCCAUCAGUCUGUGGCUGAAUACAACAUCUUUGAGGGGAUGGAGCUCCGUGGGGCCCCACUGGUUGUCAUAUGCCAGGGGAAGAUCAUGCUGGAGGAUGGCAACCUGCAUGUGACCCAGGGGACUGGACGAUUCCUGCCCAGCAGCCCUUUCCCUGACUACGUCUACAAGCGCAUCAAAGCCAGGAGGAAGAUGGCCGAGGUGCAUGCUGUGCCCCGGGGCUUGUAUGACGGACCCGUGUUUGACCUGACCGCCACCCCCAAGGGGGGCACCCCUGCGGGGUCAACUAGGGGGUCCCCCACACGUCAGACACCGCCCGUCAGGAAUCUCCAUCAGUCUGGAUUCAGCCUGUCAGGUACCCAGGUUGAUGAAGGCAUGCGCUCAGCAAGCAAGCGCAUUGUCGCACCCCCGGGAGGCCGCUCCAACAUCACCUCCCUGAGCUAAAUGUCCUGGCUGAGGAGGAAACAAAACCCCUGUUCAAGCAAAGGAAGAAAAAUGGUACAUUGGUGUUGAAGAAUGAAAAGAAAUAAACCUGUUCUGAAGAAUCAA